CCCCUUCUGGUUUCUUCUCUCUGACAAUCUGUUCUGCUGACUGACAACAUCCACUCCGACCCUGUGGAGGAAACUAUACCCCGCCUCUCUUUUAUUUCUUCUCCUUCGCUCUCUCAGUGCCGAUCCGUGAUUUGUAUACUUUUUUGGUGGCGGUGGCAGCGUUGGUAGUUUGAGCGUGCACGCUUUUGGGCUGUGUGUGUGUGUAUGUGUGUGUGUUUGUGUGCGCGUGAGUCAGUAUGCCAUGUCGUCCCCCGGCUCGUCGUUUGUGCAGAUAAAGCAUGAGGACCUGCUCUUCUAUGAGAACUGUGGAGGAGGCAGCUUUGGGAGCGUCUACAGAGCCCUCUGGAUAUCCCAGGACAAGGAAGUGGCUGUGAAGAAACUUCUGAAGAUUGACAAAGAGGCUGAGAUUCUUAGUGUCCUGAGUCAUAAGAACAUCAUUCAGUUUUAUGGAGCCGUGCUGGAAUCUCCCAACUAUGGCAUUGUCACAGAAUAUGCCAGUGCAGGGUCUCUGUAUGAGUACCUUUCCAGUGAGCAGAGUGAGGAGAUGGACAUGGAGCAGAUCAUGACAUGGGCCAUACAGAUAGCCAAAGGGAUGCAUUACCUUCACGCAGAAGCUCCAGUCAAAGUCAUUCACAGAGACCUCAAGUCACGAAAUGUGGUAAUGACCGCAGACAAAGUGCUGAAGAUUUGUGACUUUGGGGCGUCUAAGUUCCUGUCCCAUACCACCCACAUGACGGUGGUGGGCACUUUUCCUUGGAUGGCUCCUGAAGUCAUUCAGAGCCUGCCUGUCUCGGAGACCUGUGACACUUACUCCUAUGGCGUGGUGCUGUGGGAGAUGCUGACUCGGGAGGUUCCUUUCAAAGGUUUCGAAGGGCUGCAGGUUGCAUGGCUAGUGGUGGAAAAACAAGAGAGGCUGACCAUCCCCACCAGCUGUCCAGCAAGUUUUGCAGAGCUGAUGAGGAAAUGUUGGCAAGCUGAACCAAAGGAGCGUCCGCAGUUCAAACAGGUGAUGGUAACCCUGGAGACCAUGGCCAACGACAGCAGGCUACCGGACCAGUGUAACUCCUUCCUACAUAACAAGGACCAGUGGAGGUGUGAAAUCGAGUCGACCCUGGAGCGCCUUCGGAAGCUGGAAAGGGAGCUUUACUCCAAAGAGAAGGAGCUGGAGGAGAGGGAGAGGAGGCUCAGGCUGUGGGAGGAGAGGCUGAUGGAGAGGUCCAACAUGUCUCCCAGUCCGACCUCCCUACUCAUGGAGCGCUCAAACAUCUCACCAUUCUUCCAACCGAUGUCCAUCGGUUCCUCCGGCUCCUUCUUCCGCUCGCACUCUCAGGACUCCAACAGUGCCGGGGUCAGCAGUGCUGGCGUCAGCUCACUCCUCCGCACCCUCAGUAACGGCGACACGGAGAGGGGGAGCAGCAGCGCGGUGCUGGAGAGGGGGAUGGGCUCGCUCGACGGCGGGAGGCUGCACGCCGUGCUCCGAGGGUUGCAGGGGAGGUUGGGAGAGGAGGACGGGGAAGAGGAAGGAACGCUGGAGGAGAAAGGCUGGGGGGGGCAGAGGGAGAGGGAGAGAGACGAGAGCGGGAGUAUGGAGGGAGGAAGGGUGCAGGUGACACUCAGGAGCUUCCCGGGCGGCGUGGUGGAGAGGGAGGAGAGGACGUGGGAGGAGGGGGACCGGGAGAGAGGAGGGAGGCAGAGGAGCAGGGUGACCACCAUAGUGCGAGGGUACUCGGGUGGGUUUGGAGAGGCGGAGGGGGAGAGGGACAAGGAGGGAGGAUGGGAGAUAGAAAAGAUGGGGGAUGAGAGAGGGAUGGAGGGAGGUAUUGAGGGAGGGAGGCUCCCGACCAUGUUCAAGGGUCUCCACGGGAGUAUAGGUGGCUUGGGGGACAUGCUGUCCCUAGACAUGGAUGAAAUGGGGGACAUGGACAGACUAGGCGACAUGGACAUGAACAUGAACAUGGGCGACUUGGGAGUGAUGAAGGUCAGGAGCGAGAUGGGGGUCAGGGGUCACAGGAGCGACAUGGGAGUCGUGGUCCAGGGAGUCAGAGGCGACCGCAGCGAGGCCAUCAGCCAAAAGAUUAGAGGCGAGGUGGGGGUCAUCGGGCAAUCGGGGGUGCAGGUGAGCAUGCGGUCUUCGUCCAAUCAGAACUCUGUGAAGAGCUGCAGCGUGCGACACGGAACCAAGAUCAACAUGGCUACCGCCGCCAUGGACAUGAUGGAGCUCGAUUGGUCCGACAGUGACUAGAAAAUGAGCACAGAAAAAAACACCACGUAGAAAUACACACAGAGGCCAAACUAGAAAGAUUUUGACUUGUUAGCACAUCUGAGCUACAGUAUGUGCACUAGAAUCUCCAGUUUGAAAAACAGCUGGUUUACACACAUUUCUUUUGUUAAUUUUUUUUUAUUGAACGGAUGAAUACUAUACCCAUGUGUACUGUGAAGUAGGAAGGAGCAAAAAAGACGAGUAGAGGUUGUCUUGUCAUGUCAGAAUGACUUCACCUGUGUAAUUUAAUGUGCUAUUAAAACUGCUGCAUAACAUACUGUAAGAGGUACAAGUUGUUACGAAAUAACACACUUGAAUGGCGCUCUAAUGAGGCAGCACUGUCUGAGUUUUUUUUUUUCCUUCUGCUUUUAGAUAUCUUGUAGUUGAUAGAUUUGAUUUGUUCAAAACAAGCUUUGACUUUUAUCAGUUCUAACUGUGAUCUAGUGUGUGAAUUUUUUUGGCAUUUCUUUCUGUAUAUUUUAUCAUUUUUCAAUAAAAAGAAAAGAAACUCUGA